GUCCUGCCAUAUCUUGCCACAUUUAGAAUGUCCAAAUUCUUCGCUACCAGCCUUGACAUGGUGAAUUGCUUUUAUUUCUUCUGAUUUUCACUCAUCCCAGACUGGUCUUUUUGAACAGACUCGUAGCCAAAACCAUGGCAGGCCUAAAGAUAGUAUUUGGUGCAGCUUCCUUCAAUCCAGGCGGGAACUUCCCAACUCUCGACGACGCUAGAUCCGUCUUGAAUAUCCUUGAACAAAACGACGUCCGAAAUUUGGACACUGCACAGCUUUACGGCGAAAGUGAAUCAAUCCUGGGCCAACUUAAUGCAGGAGAUCGAUUUGUCAUCGACACGAAAUCGAAGGGGGGAUGGGACGCUGGCAACUCCCUGCAACCCGAUAAUCUGUACAGGUUGACCCACGAGUCAUUGGAAAAGUUGAAGGUUAAGCAAGUCGACGUAUUCUACAUCCAUGUCCCAGACGAUACCGUUCCUCCCUCAACGUGGGUUCCUACCAUGGACAGACUGCACAAAGAAGGUGUUUUCAAGCGCUUCGGCGUCUCCAACUUCACUGGCGAAGAGGUAAAGCAGGUCUACGAGUUCGCAAAGGCGAAUAACUACGUACUCCCGAGCGUGUACCAAGGGAACUACAGCGCGGUCACGCGGCGUUCUGAGACCGAACUGUUCCCCAUUCUGCGCGAGUAUAAAAUGGCAUUUUACGCCUACUCGCCGAUUGCUGGCGGAUUCCUUUCAAAGACAAAGGCAGCCGUGCUUGAUGGUACUAGUGCUGGCCGUUUCACCGCGGAUGGGAAACCAAUGAGCAGAAUGUAUCGCAGUUUAUACAUGAAGCCUAGCUUACUUGAAGCGUUGGAUGAAUGGGCCGUUGCGGCGGACGAGGAAGGUGUGUCAAAGGCUGAGCUCGCCUACCGAUGGGUCAACUAUCAUUCAUACCUUAAGCCAGAAUACGGAGACGCGAUCAUCAUUGGCUCACGAAACACCCAACAGUUAGUGGAAACAGUUCAAGGUUUAAAGAAGGGCCCCUUGAGUGAUGGCGUGGUCGAGAAGAUUGAAAAAAUAUGGGAGAAAGUCAAGCAUGAAGCGCCACUGGAUAAUUUCAACUCCUUCCUCAGGCUUCAGUAAGUCAUGCAUAGAUAUAUGAGUU